AUGGAGAUCUUGGAUGUUUUUAGAAAAGUUGCAGUAAAUAUUCCGCUUCUUGAUGUCAUUAAGCAGGUUCCUAGGUAUGCAAAGUUUCUGAAAGAUUUGUGUACAAACAAGAGGCGAAUGAAAGGUGGUGAGAGAGUCAACUUGGGAAGAAAUAUUUCUGCUUUUAUUCAACCCAAGCCCCAUUCUGAAAAAGUUACAGGCGAGCAAAAUGUUCCAGCCAUCUCUCAGAUCUUGCAACAAAAGUGCAAGGACCCGAGAACUUUUACUAUUCCUUGUACCAUCGGAGAUAAGCAAUUCGAUAAUUGCAUGUUUGAUUUGGGAGAGGGCAUUAAUGUUAUGCCUACUUCUAUUUAUAAUAACCUAUGUCUUGGUCCUUUGCAACAUACAGGUUUAAUCGUUCAGUUGGCGAACAGGAGCAAUGUCCGCCCUGCUGGUAUAGUGGAAGAUGUCCUUGUUCAAGUUAACGAUUUGAUUUUUCCUGCAGAUUUUUACAUCCUGGACAUGGAAGGAGAAACUAAGUCAAGCAGGGCUCCUAUCAUUUUAGGCAGAACGCUCAUGAAUACGGCGAAGAUAAAAAUUGAUUUGUUAUCUGAUUUGGUUGAUGAAACUUGUUCUGAAUUGUUUUCACUUGAUUUUUCAUCCUUACAUGGAUUUGAUGAUGUAUACUCGUGUGUUGAUUGUACUGACACUAACAUUUGUGUUGUAUGUGCUGAGAUUGAUGCUACCUUACAGGGUGACAUGUUUCCUACAAGUGAAGUUGUUGUAAAUGAAGUUGUUUAUGCAACUGAUGCUUUCGACAUCCCGGCUCCCCAAAAGCCCCAUCCAUCGAGCAACCCCCAUCCUUAG